AUAAUUUUAUUUAAUCUUAAUGACUUACUUUAGUUAUAUUUUUACGAAGCUCUUAUCUCGUCCUUCUAAAGCACAUUUCCUACUCCGCCACUGCAAGUCUCUAGCUGCAAUUUCGUUAAGCAAACACAAACGAUUUCGGAAUUCCUUCGGUUGAGAAUUGGGGAUUCAGCUCCGGAAGCUUGCUAUGAGUUUGGAGAGAAUGCAGGGAAGCUGCAUCGCAAUCCGCGCUCUGUCAUCAUCUUCCUCCAUCUCCGGAUGCUCAUCUCACGCCUCUGCUUCUUCAGAUGAUGCAACUUGUGGAACCCCUGCAUGGAUUGGUAAAGGUCUAACUUGUGUCUGCUUCAAGCGAAAGGGAACUUAUGAAAGAAUCUGUGUCAACCUCACACCCCUACAGGAAGAGAGACUGAAAAGGUUGAAACAUCGAAUGAAGGUCUAUUUCGAUGCUGCUAGGCCAGAUCACCAGGAUGCUCUAAGAGCUUUAUGGUCAGCUACAUACCCUGAAAAGGAGCUCCAUGGUUUGGUAUCUGAUCAAUGGAAAGAUAUGGGAUGGCAAGGAAAAGAUCCAUCAACCGAUUUUAGAGGAGCUGGAUUCAUUUCUUUGGAGAAUCUGUUGUUCUUCGCAAAGACAUUUUCUACAUCUUUUCAGCGCCUGCUAACGAAGCAGGGAGGGAAGCGGGCUGCCUGGGAAUACCCCUUUGCUGUUGCUGGUGUAAAUAUCACAUUCAUGAUCAUGCAAAUGCUUGAUCUAGAUGCCUCUAAGCCUCGGACUUUUGUCAGGGCAGUGUUCUUGCAGAUGUUGUCAGAGAACGAGUGGGCAUUCGACCUGCUUUAUUGUGUGGCUUUUGUGGUUAUGGACAAACAAUGGCUAGAGAAAAAUGCAACAUACAUGGAAUUCAAUGACGUCUUAAAAUCCACUCGAGCGCAGCUGGAAAAGGAGCUGCUAAUGGAUGAUGUUCUAAGAAUUGAAGACAUGCCUUCUUAUUGCCUUCUCUGCUAAUGAUAUUUGACCUGAAUGUGCUGCAGGAAUUGUGAUACUGGUCUGAUCCAUUCAAGAUCUAGACAAGCAUUGUUUAAUCCUUCCCGGCGACUCUAAUUAUCUUGAUACCCCAGCAGCUUCCCUUUGUAUGAUCUUAAUCGCUCUAAUCAAGCCCCAUGACUCUUCUGUAAUGUAUUUUUCUGAUUUAAGAUUGGACCUGGUGGGCAGAAGUUGGAAAUGGAUGAAUUAUGAUCACAGCAAUGUGUAAUUUCUACGAUGACAGUAAUGUCUAAUUUCUAUCUUUUCCAGUUUUUGGAAU